CCCAUCCUUCAUCUGGGGGCACUGCGAAGAUAGCCACAGGCGUCUUCCACUUCCCACGAGUGCUCGGCAACAUCGACCGACGACAUGGCAUUGUCGACUUCUCCAACCCUGCAGAACAGGUCGUGGUAUGCAGAUCUCUUCACGGAUGACAGGGUGAAGUCCCUAUCACACCAGGUCUCGACACUUCGGGACAAGGUGUGGGAGUUGGAGCGCAAAAGCACCCAGUUGGCUGGCGACAAGGGUAAACUGGAGAAGCAAUUGGAGGAGACUAAGAAGGCGGCUGAGGUGUUGGCAAGCGAGAAGGAAGAGGUGGAGAUGAGCUUGAAGGGUGAAAAUGAUAAGCUUCGGAUGGAGGUUUUCGCUGCCGAGGAAAAAUAUAGCCAGUCUGAAGAAGAGGUUAAGAAGCUCAAGAUGGAAUUAGCUGCACUGGCAGAGGCAAAAGAGGUGGCUGGGAAGGCCUUUGAUUCUGAGAAGGCAGCAAUGAUGAUGGAAUCGGAGUAUCUUAAGAGGAGGAUAGGGGAAACCCAAGCAAAUAAGGAUUUGGUAGAUGGUGAAAAUGAUAAGCUUAGGUUGGAGGUUCUGACCUUAGAGCAAAAAUGUAGCUUAUCUGAAGCGGAGGUUGAGAGGCUCAAGAUGGAAUUGGACACACUGGAGGUGGCAAAGGAGGCAGCCGCAAAUGCAUUUCAUGCUGAGAAGGUGGAAAUCAUCAAGCAAUUGGAGGACCUCAAAAGGAAGGUGGAGGAAAUCCAGGCCAGCACGGAUUUAGUGAUGGCUGAAAAUGAUAAGCUUAGGUCGGAGGCUCUGACCGCAGAAGAGAAACAUAGCUUCUAUGAAGCAGAGGUUGAGAGGCUCAAGAUGGAACUUAGUGUGCUAGCGGAGGCGAAUGAGACGGCUGUCAAGGCAUUUGAUGCUGAGAAGGCAGAAAUCAUGAAGGAAUUGGAGGACCUCAAAGGACAGGUGGAGGAAACCCAUGCUAGUAAGGAUUUGGUUAUGGGUGAAAAUGAUAGGCUUCAGUCGGAGGUUUUGGCCGCAGAGCUAAAACAUAGGAUGUCUGAAGCCGAGGUUGAGAGGUUGAAGAUGGAGCUAAGUGCACGAGCGGAGGCAGAGGAGGCGGCUGCCAAGGCAUUUGAUGCUCAAAAGGCGGAAAUUAUGAAGGAAAUGGAGAACCUAAAGAGCAUGUUGGAGGAAAUCCAGGCUAGCAAGGAUUUGGUGAUAGGUGAAAAUGAUAAACUUCGGUCGGAAGUUCUAACCAUAGAGCAGAAACAUAGCAUGUUUGAAGCAGAAGUUGAGAGGCUUAGGAAGGAAUUGGAUGCGCUAGUGGAGGCGAAGGAGGCAGCUGCCGAGGCAUUUGAUGUUGAGAAGUUAGAAGUAAUGAAGGAAUUGGAAGGCCUCAAGAGGAAAGUGGAGGAAAUCGAAGCCAGCAAAGAUUUGGAGAAGGAUGAAAAUAAUAAGCUCCGUUAUGAGGUUUUGACACUUGAACAGAAACUUAGCCAUUCUCAAGAAGAGGUUGAGAGACUCAAGAUGGAACUGGGUGCAUUGGCAGAGGCGAAGGAGGCAGCUGCAAAAGUAUUUGAUGCUGAGAAAGCGCAAAUCAUGAAGGAAUCGGAGGGUCUUAAGAGGAGGGUGGAGGAAAGCCAAGCUAGGAAGCAGGCUGAGGAAGCAUUGCAUGACAAGGUUGCUCAAGCCGAUAAGUUGAGGGCUGAAGUGGAGGAGCUCCAUGUUUCUAUGUCACACCUGCAAGCAUCUUAUAAUGAAAUUGACGCCAAGCGGUUGCGCCUAAAUGAUGAGAAGAAUUCAGUCCAGAAAGCACUUGAUGCUAUGAAGGAUGAAGCAGCAAUCAUGAAGUCAAAAAUUGAGGUACUUGAGAACAACAAUACUGAAAAGGACGGUGAGAUUGGGAAAUUGAAAGCAGAAAAGGAGGAAAAGAUGGGGCAGAUCGAUGUCCUGAGCAAGGACAUUGAGCUGCUACAUCAAGCAAUGAAUGAGGAAAAAAGGAAGAAAAAGUGUAGCAUUCGGGCUAAUUUGGCAUCAGGAAGGACAUUCUUGUCGUCAUGUAUCCCGAAAUGAUCGAGUUGUUAACCUAUUCUAUUACGAUGUAAUGAUGGUCAGUUGGUACUAGGGAAUGAAA